UCAUUUCAAUACCAGACAGUUGUGUGUCACAUGCAUACUAGCAUCUCUCCUAAUACCAUCUCAUAAAUAAAACAGGGAGGGAAGCCAGGACCUGUGGAUGCCAUGGUUGUAGUGAAGCCCAAACCAGAUGCUACUCCGGCAAGCGGAAUUAGGUAUGCAGAGUCCAAUUAAAUAGGCAGACCUACAAUGUGUUGCGAAAUAAAUGUUAUUAAUCGCUGUUAGAUUCUGGUGUAUUUCCUAGUGAAGCCUUUACUUUUCCUGAUAUUGUUAUUCCAGAUCUACACUUUACAAGGGCUACAGCGGUGAGCUACCAGACCCAUCAACCCUCAACCCACUUCCUGCCUAUGCUGACAUGGAACCAGACUCUCUUCCCCUUAUCUGCAGAAUGAACAUCACAUCUGACAAACCACUCGUGGACUCAACACCCACCUCCUCCACCUGACGGUGUUGUCAUCCAUGAGGAUGCACCACCGUUCCCGAAAAGUG